UUCCUAUUCGUAUAUAACUUUCUCAGCGAUUGAAUACCUGUAUAACAAUCAAUACUAAACAAAAGUUGUUUCACAAGUUUUGGCUCAUUUCUAUCGUUAGUAUUUUUGCGUACAUUUCAUGAAUCAUGAGAUUUCAGGACAUAUUAUAUGUUGAACAGAUAAUUAACAAUUGAAUUAAACGUUUAGUUAAUCAGACGGCAGUCUCUCAGCGCUUGUUAUAACUGUUUUCUUAUAUAUUCUGACGACUAAUCACAGGAUUAACUGAAAGUGUGUUAAAUUAGCACCAAAUAUACCACAAGACGACACCCUAUUAAUAGGUGUGCAGCGAAUGAAGUGAACAAUCAUUGCAUUCAUACGUCAAAUAACCUCAUUUUGGCCGUGAAUUAGGCGAACGAAUAGAGUUAUGGAGUUAUAAGUUUGACAAAAUGGCUAAAAAACUUAAGAGAUUUUUGAUUGUGUUGGACGACGAGUCUCUCCUCUACUUUCCCGGAGCCUUCUUGACGGGCAAAGUACUGCUCGAACUCGAAGAAGACACGCCAGCCAUCGGUCUUUAUUUUCAUAUCGUUGGCGAAGGAGUGGUCAGACUUACCAAUAAAGGACGGGUCGACUCAACCGAUAAAGAAAAUUACAUUGAUUUUCGUAUGAGACUAUUGGGCGAUAGUUCAGCCAAAAGUGAAAGUGGAAGCGUUUACAACGGCUCGACUGUAAACAGCGGAAGAAUCUUAGUCUUGUCUCCCGGUGUCCACACAUUUCCAUUUAAGUUGGGUUUGCCAUUAGGUCUUCCCUCAACAUUCCUCGGAAAACACGGUUGGGUUCAGUACUUCUGCAGAGCAGAGCUCAGAGAACCCAAUGGUCUGAUCCAUAAGAAUCAACAGGUUUUUGUCAUCAUGAGUCCAAUAGAUCUCAAUUUAGAGCCACAACUCUUAACACAACCAUUUCAUUGCGAACUCGAGGAGAAGAUUGGGAUGUCUUGUAUGAGCGGCGGUAAAGUGAUGUGUAGAGUGAGGUUAGACAGAGGCGGUUAUGUGCCCGGAGAGAGCAUUUGUAUUAACGCUAUCAUCGAUAACGAUAGCAAAUGUGUUAUUAAGAAAACUCGUGCCGUUUUGACAGAAACUAUUCAAUACACGGCUAAGAAUAAAGUGGUGUUCACUGAGACCCGAGAGUUGGCCGCUAUGGAGAAGGCAAAGAUUGGCGCCAAUUGUGCCGAACAGUGGAAGAAUGAGCUCUUGUAUAUACCACCCAUUCCUCCAACUAAUCUAAGGGGCUGUCAUUUGAUUCAAAUCCAAUAUGAUCUUUAUUUUAUAAUAACCCCGAAAGGCGCGAAUAAGGCGGUGAGAUUGCAGUUACCGAUAAUGAUGGCCACUUAUCCCAUCAGGAAUAGUGACGGAACACUCAAGAGAAGGAAAGGCACAUAUUAUCCGUCCACACUUCCCACGACCCGUCCCUGGCUGUCCACAAAUGAAGGCAAACUCAAAUAGUUAUUACAACUCUAUUAUGUCAUCACUUUCUUCCCGUU